AUGAUGAUGAUGAUGAUGAAGCGACUAUCUAGCCCAGCAAAGCGUUUUCUCUCGAUAGACUACCUAACUUCUUCCUUAGAGAAACCUAGCACUCCGCCAUACACACUUUCCCUGUUAUAUGACAGUAGAGCAAAUAAUAAUGGGAAAGAAUCAAAGACAUCACAAGAGAGAAAUAGACAAGAGAAGAAACUAAGAAAAAAUAUAGUAAGCUCCGUCAUUUUGAACGAUAUCUUUCUAGAAGAAGGUAUUGAGCCCUUUACGGCGAAACAGAUUGCUAGGUCACAGACCUUUUUUAAUAAUGCAAAGACCGAGUUGGAGUGGACAAUAGCAGAUUACGAAGAAAUCCCCGAUGUUAAAGUUGAAAAGUUACAAAUUGACCGACUUAGAAAGAUUGAAAGAGCAAUGGAAAAUAGUAUAGGUAAUUCGCAAGCUUUCAAUUUGAGUCCAAAGAAAACUUUUGGGAUCAAACCACAACUCUUGAAACCGCUACCCGAGGUAUUAAUCAUGGGUCAUACAAAUGUAGGCAAAUCAUCAUUGAUAAACAGUCUCAUCAACCCUAAUGAAAGUCUUAGUCGAACCGAUCAGCUAGCAUAUGUAUCUGCCAAAGCCGGAUAUACGAAAACCUUAAACUGUUUCAACAUUUCCAGAAAGCUUCGAUUCAUUGAUAGUCCAGGUUAUGGAGAAAGAGGAGCACCCAGACAAGGGAAAGUGGUUAUAGAAUAUUUGGAAAAGCGUAAGCUAUUGAAAAAAGUUAUCUUAUUGAUAGAUUCAAUCCAUGGUUUCCACGAGGAAGAUAUGCACAUAAUUAGUCAUUUGUCAAAUCUCGGUAUUCCCUUUGAUAUAGUGUUUACCAAGAUGGAUGAGGUAUUGAGGAAAUACUUUAAAAAGGAUAUUUUUAAAAAGGAAAAUAGUAGAGAUAUGAUUGUUCUGGGGAACCAAGCAGUUUUGCAGCAUUACAACGAUUUAAUUGAAAGUUCAGGCGUUUGUGAAAUUGCACUUCCGCCAAAAUUUAUGUUCAACAAUGCCCAUGUCAAUAAGUUUAUAUCAGAUUUUUCUGGAAUCAAAACUAUUAGAUGCAGCAUUCUUCAAGGUUGUAACUUACUAUAA